UUAGAAUUUAGUGUCUGCAGAUACCUCCCCUCCAUUCCAUUAAUUUAAUGACCUCUUUUAAUAUAUAAGCACCACUAGGCAUAAUUUAGCAGUGUAUUUGAUAUGAUCUCGAAUUUAAUAAUUAUUAAAUUAAAUAUUUGUAUAAAUUAAUUAAAGUUAUGUGCUCGAAUUCCCUGUAUCCAAGCCUUUAAUUACAGUCACUGAUGCUGCAAGUCUCAUCAAUGCCAGCUGCUUCCCUUCUCUAUCUCUAACCCCACUCACUGUACUCUCUAGUCCCUGAUAAAACCCCCUAUUUUCGAUAGCUCCAUUCUUUAUUUCUUUAUUUUGGUUUCUCAACUUCUUAUUACUAUUCUUCUACUGUUCUGUACGUAUUGCUCUGCAUCUCUAUUUUUUUUUUCUAAGGGCUGCUGCAAGAAACCAACAAGAAGUGUAAGUGGCAGAAGAAGAAGAAGAAGAAGAAGAAGAAGAAGAAAGAAGAGCCAUAAAUGUCUAAUUAUUCUUUGUUGAACGAUCAGAUGUCUAAGAGAACCUCAAUCUUUGGUUUACGUUUAUGGGUGGUUCUUGGUAUCUGUGUAGGGGCUGCCAUAGUUCUUGUUCUUUUCCUUAUUUCUCUCUGGUUCACUUCUAAACGCAACAAGACUAAUAACAGUGCUGCACACUCUAAAUUCAAGUCAUCUCUCAACAACACCACAAUCCCCAGCGUCUCCAAGGAAAUCCAGGAGAUACGGUUAGACCCUUUACACCCGACGCCUGACCCGAAACCACUGAUCCCGGACCCGGUGCCAGAAUCAGAGCCUGUCCUGCUUCUACAGCAUGAAGAGGAUGCUAGUCCUGUCGGUGGGCGAAACAGAAUUCACAUUGAGAUUGGGAAGGACCACAGAAUAUCGUACCCUGAGCGAGUUGGUGGUUCGGGUCAUGGAAGCGGAGAGACCCGGUCCGGUCCUCGUUCAGGUGAUCAGGCCGGUACGGCAAUAACUGUGCCAGAGGUUUCACAUUUGGGGUGGGGCCACUGGUACACCCUCAGGGAACUUGAGGUCUCUACAAAUGGUUUUGCUGACGAGAAUGUGAUUGGCGAAGGUGGGUAUGGGAUAGUUUACCGUGGUGUUAUGGAGGAUAAUACUAAAGUUGCUGUCAAAAACUUACUUAACAACAGGGGACAAGCUGAGAAGGAGUUUAAAGUAGAAGUAGAGGCAAUUGGACGGGUGCGGCACAAGAAUUUGGCGAGGUUGCUUGGUUAUUGUGCUGAAGGAGCUCAUAGGAUGCUUGUUUACGAGUAUGUUGACAAUGGAAACUUAGAACAGUGGCUUCAUGGAGAUGUUGGACCUUGCAGCCCUCUCACAUGGGAGAUUCGAAUGAAUAUAAUACUUGGAACAGCAAAAGGGCUCACGUACCUGCAUGAAGGGCUUGAACCCAAGGUUGUUCAUCGUGAUGUCAAAUCAAGCAACAUUUUACUGGAUAAGCAGUGGAAUGCUAAAGUAUCUGACUUUGGCCUUGCUAAACUCUUAGGCUCAGAGCGGAGUUAUGUGACCACUCGUGUAAUGGGAACAUUUGGAUAUGUGGCCCCAGAAUAUGCCAGUACUGGCAUGCUGAAUGAAAGAAGUGAUGUAUAUAGCUUUGGGAUACUUCUUAUGGAAAUCAUUUCUGGAAGAAACCCAGUUGAUUACAGUCGCCCUCCUGGAGAGGUGAACCUAGUCGACUGGCUUAAAACAAUGGUUACAAAUCGAAAUGCUGAAGGAGUUUUGGAUCCUAGGUUGCCAGAUAAGCCUUCAUCAAGGGCGCUGAAGCGUGCCCUUUUAGUAGCUUUACGCUGUGUGGAUCCUAAUGCACAAAAGAGGCCAAAGAUGGGUCAUGUGAUACAUAUGCUUGAAGCUGAUGAAUUCCCCUUCCGAGAUGACCGCAGAAUUGGAAAGGAACAUGGGCGAACAUACCGUGAUGGUGAGAAAACAGAUAAGCGUGUAACUGAAUCGGGUGAUAGUAGUGGUUACGAAAGUGGUGCCCAAACCAAUAGAUCAUUAUGGAGAAAACAAGAGCCUGAAGAACAGUAAGUAGCCUUGCUGAACUCUUGUACAAGAUGAAACGGAUUCACCUUAUUUCGUUCAUAUUCCGUUCAUCUUGUUCCCAUUCAGAGCUGGCAUAGACAAAUAUCACCACUCUACCUGUAUAUGCAAUCCAUAUUAUUACAAGUUUGCAGUAUUUGUAGAUCAUACAGCAUCAUGUGCCCUUGGACAUGUCAUCUGAAGUACUGUUCUUUCCCUGAUUAUUAGCAUAGAGCUGAUGAUAUGUGUGAGAUCUGAAUUUUUGUUUGAUUGUACCCAGCGCCGAAUAGCAUUGGCAAUGUAAUUCAUUUUGAAAUUUGUGAUAGGUAAAAGUUAACUCGUUUCAUUUGUAGCUGCUUUGAAAUGCCAAAUUUCACCAUUAUGCUGUA